UGUGCAAUAGAAAUCGAGCCUAUUAGCAACACACCAAGUACCACUGUCUCAAUGGAAAUUUCAUUACAAAUAGUAUCUGCUUAUGCGGAUCAGAUCCAAAGUGGCAAGCCUAAACCUAAAAAAAGAUUAUGCGAAGAAGAUGGAAAAAAAGAGCCUCCAAGUCUAAAAAAAUUAAUCGAUGAGCUAUCUACUGAAAAUUUAGAUUCCGCAGAAAAUAUCAUUAUAACGCAAUCAAGUUCAGUCUCCGCUACUGAAAAUGACCCUGACCCAGUUGAUUUUCUUACCUAUUAUAAUUUUGGCCGGGAUCUUAAAAAACGCCUUAAAUAUCAUAAAAAAACCCACGAACAACAAGUUGCUCAGGUGCUAGUAAAUGAUGAAAUUGAAGCAUUUUUAUUAAACGAAAAAACAUUAGACACUCUUUGUGGUGCGUCUGUUGUUUAUAUAACAAUAGAGGAUAACGCUCUACUUCCAUAUGACAGUAUAAGAGAAAUAGUUGACCAGGCAGUUAAUUCGUCUUUAUUGAAAAUUAAAGAUCUUAGACGAAGAGCAAAGGUGGAAAGCGGAUAUAUUAGUGUUAAAGGUCUGAAAGCAUUAAUGGUAUUAAAUAUGGAUAGGGAAUUUACAUCAGAUCACGGUCGGGAAGAAAUAGAAGAAAAUCUUAACACGUUGAGAUCUAAACUCGAGCAUCCAACAACGGAAGCGGACAUAAAUCUUUAUGGUUCACUUAAACAAGCUUUAGCAAGUAUGGACUCUUCGGAUCUUACAUGGCGAGAUCCAGAAGCAAGCAUGGUUCUAAGUGAUGACUCAGAAGUUGUGAAAAACUUGGGGCAUAGACAGAAAAAAAUCUUUAUAGAACCGCGGGAAAAUAUGAAAUGUGUUCUCCCUGAUUCGGUUGUGGCUAAGUGUGAUAGGUUUGCAGAAAAUUUCAAUAAUUCAAAUAUUUCAAUGAUUAUGAUGAAUAUUUUUCAUGAUAAAAAAUGGAAAGAGAAUGAGAACGGGUUAGUGAAAAUAACAGAACGUAUUCUAGGCACGCUUGGUGAAAUAUGGAAUAAUCCUACAUUUAUGACUAUUACAUCCCGUAGUGAGCAGAGUGAAGGGACAUAUGUUGCAGAUGUCAUAAUUCCUUUGCUCCGAGCAAGUUUAAACGACCUUCCGAAUGGUAGUAUCUGUUUGAGUACGGCGGAACGUCAAAGUAUAGCAAGCAAAGCUCGGCGGAAUCUAGGAAUAAGUGGAGAGCGAAUGGGAAAGAAACCUGACGUUAUGGGGUUGUUGAAGCAAGAUGAAAAAAUUAUUGAACUAUUGUAUACCGAAUCAUCUCGUAUUGUAUGCAAUAAUUCAAAAAAGGCGGAUGAUGAUGUUAAGUUAUGGAGAGAAACAUUGGAUGGGGUUAGUUAUAUCAGUGCAAUGUGUAGACCAGCUGGUAAUCAAUUUGGAAUUGUAGGAAUUCAGAUUGCUGGUACAACUAUGUAUCUAAAUGUUCUUGUAAAGGAUCUUGCUGGGAUACCAAGAUAUUUCCAUCUAGACCAUUCUGAAAUCCCAUUAACACCCCACAGAUUGCAUACUAGAUCUCUAGUUCGCUUAUUACUAACCUUAAGAAAUAUUAUGAUAGUGAACAAAAGCUUGUUAGUGCAUGCACUAGAACAGGCUAUUACGCAUCCACCCAGAAAUGUUAAACUGAGUCCUACUGUUUCAUCACCGCGUAGAGAUGAGCAGAGGCAGAAAAGAUCUAAAGUUAAUAGUAAAACUAGAAAAUUAAAAAAGCGAAAAAGCGCAUAUUUCUAG